AUGGUCUUGACCAACCCAGCAUCCACUAACUCUUCCAUUGCCUUUCCUGGAAAAGAGUUUUUCCCAUUUGAUAAGGAUGGCCAAGUAAUUCCAGACAACAGCAACUUUCUAGAAACAUGGGAGGCAAUGGAAGAGUUAGUGGAUGCUGGGUUGGUCAAGACCAUCGGUGUGUCCAACUUCAACGGGGAUCAGAUUGAGGGAAUCCUGAAUAAACCAGGACUCAAGUACAAACCUGCCAAUAAUCAGAUCGAGUGCCAUCCAUAUCUGACUCAGGAGAAGCUGAUUAACUACUGUCAGUCCAAAGGCAUUACAGUCACCGCAUACAGUCCUCUGGGUUCCCCAACCAGACCAUGGGCACAGGCAGGUGAGCCAUCACUGCUGGAGGACCCAAAGAUCAAAGCCAUUGCAGAUAAGCACAGUAAAACCACAGCACAGGUUCUAAUCCGCUUCCACAUGCAGAGGAAUGUUGUGGUCAUUCCCAAAUCUGUAAACCCUAAGAGAAUCAAAGAGAAUUUUGAGGUCUUUGAUUUUGAGCUGAGUAAAGAAGAGAUGAACACCAUACUGAGUUUUAACAGAAACUGGAGAGCUUUUAUGCUGGAAUGGGCUUCCAAGCAUAAGGAUUAUCCAUUGAAUGCUGAAUACUAAAGCUUUAAUAAAUCCAGUUUCUAACUGCAGUGUG